AUGGCAGCUAAUGAUUACCGUGGUUACCUGCGGAACCAUAUCGAAAUGGAGAACGGUCAACCGCGACUCCACGCGCCUCGCGGUGCGGCACCGACUCACAGACCACUGCUUUUUGGAACGCUCUUGAUAAUGGGAUUGCUUCAGAUCGCAUCUAGUGUUGCAAUUUUGUUACACUUAACCGGAUACCUUCGCGAGGUAGACUUCACCUCAGCCCCACAAAAACCAGUAGAGGAUAUGUCAGCUGAACCGAUCAUCGCUGAUGCGCUGAAAGAUCUAAGGAGGAAGAAUAAAUGUGUCAGAAAAGGAAAGGAUGGAGGAGUAAUGCCAUUAGCUCAUCUACCUAUCAUGACAUCGUCUGAUUUCUCCAAUCCAGAACAGCAUGUCACCAUGAUACAUUGGGAUGAAGGUCGAGGACUUUUGCGAAAGAUCAAGUAUCAUGAUGGGCGUAUCCUGGUGGAUGAGGAAGGAUAUUACUAUGUCUAUGCCAAGACCUGCUUUAGGUAUGCCCGGGAGCAUGAAGAACAAAAUGAGAGUGAAGUCCAACUGAUUCAGUACAUUUGCCUUAAGAAGCACACUCAGUCUACAAUCAAUCCUAUUGUUCUCACAAAGAGUGGGGGCACACAGAAUUGGAAUAAUACAACAUACAAUAUGUACUGUGUGCAACAAGGGAGGGGCAUCCUUUUGAGUAAAGGUGAUGGGAUUUUUGUCAAAGUGUCCAAAUCAUGGCUGUUGGACCUAGAACCUGAAGGGAGCUUCUUUGGUGCUUUCAAGAUUAGCAACUGA